AUGCCUCCCAUAUCACCUCAGCAGCUACGGAGGGUCUAUGAUAUCCUUGCAGAGCGGGAAUAUAUCAGACUACGGACAAGUCAGGUCGCUCGACCAUCUGCAGAACAAGGAUUUUACUCGGUCCGCAAAUCGCUAAGUCAUAGAGCAGACAAUCGAUAUUCCAACAUCCUAGCGUAUGAUCGUACAGCCGUAUCUGUCGAGGGCGAAUAUCUCAAUGCGAAUGUAGUCACAGAUGGGAAAGGUGGCACAUGGAUAGCUGCUCAGGCUCCCUUACCUCGUACUUUUGAUACCUUCUUUCGAGCUCUGUAUCUAGGCUCAGCCACGGGUAGAAGGUCAGAUAGUGCUAUCUUGGUGCAAUUGACAGGAUGGGAGGAGAGGGGUAUGCUAAAGGCAAAUCCAUAUAUGGAUCACGUAAUGGAUCACCUCCCCCUCAAGAUUGUCAAGCAGCAGCGACGAGAUGAAAUCUCAUGCGAUGUCACUGAGAUACUUCUCGGUGAGGACAGGCCCGUUAAAGUUCAUCAUUAUCAUUUUGACUCAUGGCCUGAUCACGGUGUACCUCAGGGUCAAGGCGUGGAAGCUCUGAGUAAGUUAGUAGAUGAGAUACAACAAAGGAAGGAUAGUCUAGGUUGUGAAGUUUGGGUUCAUUGCUCUGCGGGAGUUGGAAGGACAGGAACAUUUAUUGCUCUAUCCUCCCUACGGCAGCCCGGUCUACCCAAACAGUCAUCGCCACUUGGUCCACUCCCGAAAGAACUCUCAGAGGAUGUAGUAGCCCAGACUGUGGAUGUGAUCCGGGAGUGUCGUGGGAUACUGGUGCAGACACCUGAGCAGUUGGGGUUAGUCUAUGAGAUGCAAUAG